AUAAUAGACUCCGUAAUUUCACAGCAGGCUCUUAAACAGAAACGUAAUAUAUAUACAAUGUAUAUAGAUUAUAAGAAAGCUUUCGAUUCUGUACCACACUCCUGGCUUAUUUAUAUUUUAAAACAUUAUAAAAUUAAUCCCGUAAUAAUAAAUUGUCUAGAAAUAAUUAUGCCCAAUUGGCACACCAAAUUGAAAAUUUUUGACUCGACUAAAGCUAUUGAAACUGACUUCAUUUACAUAAAGAGAGGUAUAUUCCAAGGAGACUCUUUAAGUCCUCUUUGGUUUUGCCUUGCCCUUAACCCUCUUUCUUUUAUACUUAACCAAAAUGACUACGGAUUUAAGAUCAAAUAUGAUUCACACCAUACAUCACUUUCACAUCUUCUCUAUAUGGAUGACAUCAAAAUUUUUGCAAACACACUAAACCACUUACACGCUCUUGCUGACCGUACACAAUCUUUUUCUAAUGACAUAAAAAUGGAGUUUGGGAUAGAUAAAUGUAAAAUACAAUCGAUAAAUAAAGGUAAAAUAGAACAUAAUAUACAGUAUAAACUUAACAAUGACGAAAUAAUUGAUCCAGUUGACCCAUUAGAGGGAUACAAAUACCUAGGCUUCUACCAAUCACAGCAAAUACAUCAUAAAGAAACUAAAAAUCUACUCAAACAGAAAUUCAAAGCAAGGCUACAUAAAAUACUACACACACAUCUGAACGCAAAAAACACAAUUAAAGCGAUCAAUACAUAUGCCAUACCUAUACUCACAUACUCCUUUGGUGUAAUACGCUGGAACCUAACAGAAUUAAAAACUUUACAAAGAUUAAUAAACACAACUAUGACAAAAUAUAGAAAGCACCACCCAAGAGCCUGCUUUCAACGAUUAAUUUUACCAAAAAUAGAGGGCGGUAGGGGUCUCAUCGACAUUUUAAAUUUACACAAUAGACAAUUAACACUACUCAGAACAUUCUUUUACAACCACGCACACACAAAAACACUCCACCUUGCUAUUUGUCAUGCUGACACUUACACACCACUGGCACUAGCUGAUAAAGCAAAAACUAUAAAAACUUACACAAAACAGCAAAAAAUCGAAGCAUGGGCACAAAAAUCACUACAUGGCCGGCACCGUCUUGACCUUACCAACAACGCCGUUGACAAAAUAGCGUCAAACGCAUGGUUAAAGCAAGGGGAGCUGUUCCCUGAGACGGAAGGAUUUAUGCUCGCAAUACAAGAUCAGGUAAUAGAUACAAAGAACUAUAGAAAGCAUAUUAUUAGAGACCGUAACGUGAGCAGCGACCACUGUCGCCACUGCCAUAAGCAACCAGAAACAAUACAGCAUAUUACAGGUGCCUGCUCAUCCAUCACACAGACAGACUACAAACACAGACACGACCAAGUAGCAGCAAUCAUACAUCAGAUACUCGCACACAAACACAACCUCAUCCCAGAAAAAAUACCAUACUACAAAUACACACCACAAAUACUACUAGAAUCACCCGACUAUAAACUAUACUGGGACAGGACAAUACUGACAGACAAGACCGUACAUCACAAUAGACCUGACAUCACACUUCACGACAAACAUAGCAAAACCGUCUACCUCGUAGAUGUCGCCAUACCUAACUCACACAACCUCACUAGUACACACAUAACCAAACUCACAAAAUACACAGACUUGUCAAUAGAACUAAAAGCGCAAUGGAGAAAACCUUCUCUAAUGAAUUCUCCACCUUAG